GUACUAGUAGUAGUAGUACGGUGAAUGCGAAAUAGCCUAGGUACUAGGCGCCUAGUACUAGGUACGUCUGUUUAGGCCAGACUAUCCCAGCAGUGACCUUUUUAGCCUAACCUUUUACUAACUUGGUGAUAACGUAGGCCGCCAAUCUAGGAGAAUCGACAUUUGACGGAGUAGUUACUGGUAUAACCUACAAAAUGCGGGCCAUAAUAUUACUACUGGUGGCGACCCUAGGGUGCAUCAGUUGGGCAUCGCAGGAGUGCAGAAAUAUGGUAUCCUGCUCAGCUUGCAUUCAGACUCCCAAUUGUAUGUGGUGUGGAAAAUCUGUAAACUUCACUGACGAUGGUGGAAAAGAACUUCCGAGGUGUAUUAAACGAACAGAUGAUAUUGCCUCCAGGUGGCGAAGUGCUUGUGGUGCUGAAGCCAAUAUUCACGAACCUGGGAACUACUUUGAAUUAGUUACCAAUGAAGAAUUAACUGCUGCUGGUGUUUUAGCAGGGUCUGGAGAAGGAGGUCUUUUGGCAUCUGGUGACGUAGUCCAGAUCCAACCACAACGCGUUGCCAUGACUCUGCGAGUUCAGGAAGCUCUCAGCAUGCAGGUGACUUUCCGCCAAGCUGAAGAUUACCCAGUGGACCUGUAUUACCUUAUGGAUCUAUCAAAAUCUAUGGAGGAUGACAAAGAAUCUCUGUCCAAACUCGGAACACUCCUAGCUGAGGAAAUGCAGAAAAUUACUAGGAAUUUCCGUCUGGGAUUUGGCUCAUUUGUUGACAAAGUUGUUAUGCCUUAUGUAAGCACAGUCCCGGAAAAGUUGGAACGACCAUGCAAGGAAUGUGCUGCACCAUAUGGUUUCAGGAAUGCUUUGCCUCUUACUACCAACGCUCAAGCUUUUGCUGAUGAAGUGCAGAAGGCACCUGUCUCAGGAAACUUAGAUGCGCCAGAGGGUGGGUUUGAUGCCAUUAUGCAAGCUGUAGUAUGUCAAGACAAGAUUAGGUGGAGAGAAGAAGCCCGAAGACUGUUGGUGUUUUCAACUGAUGCAGGAUUCCACUAUGCUGGAGAUGGAAAGCUUGGUGGUAUAGUAAAACCUAAUGAUGGAGAAUGUCAUCUAGAUCUUAGUGGUGAAUACACACAUUCUACACUCCAAGACUAUCCAUCUGUAGCUCAGAUCAACCAAGUUGCAAAACAACACAAAAUGAACAUAAUUUUUGCUGUAACAGCUGAGCAGACAUCUGUGUACUCCAGGCUUUCCCAUAUGAUUGAGGGGUCCAGUUUUGGAGAACUAACUGCAAAUUCAUCUAAUGUUGUUGAACUGGUUAAAGGGGAGUACAAUAAAAUCACCAGUAAAGUAGAGUUGAAGCAUGAUGCAACAGAUCCUGUUUCUAUACGAUUCUUCUCUAAAUGUAAGGGGGCCACAGAAAAGGAAACGCAUAUUUGUCAAGGGCUUCGUGUUGGUGAUCAGGUUGACUUCCGUGUAGAAGUUAAACUAUCAAAAUGUCCAGAGGAUAGGAGUGAUUGGAGACAGCUUAUUAGUAUAUACCCUGUUGGUCUUCGUGAAAAGCUUAUUAUAGAUCUCGAGAUGCUGUGUGACUGUGAUUGUGAGAGGCCUGGAAAUGAGGGUUACAUCCCAAGUGCUGAAGAAUGUAAUUUCCAUGGUACAUACCAGUGUGGUAUCUGUAAAUGUGAUGUGAACUACUUUGGGCGUAACUGUGAGUGUGAUGCUAGUACUCCAUGGGGAACUGGAACCUUUGAUGACUCCACUUGCCGUGAACCAAAUAGUUCAUCCAUAUGUAGUGGCAGAGGCACCUGCCACUGUGGUGUGUGUCAGUGCAAUGUGAGGGAUAAUGUUGAUGAGGUUGUUGAUGGAAAGUAUUGUGAGUGCACAAACUUUUUAUGUGAACGUCACAAUGGAUUGCUUUGUGCUGGGCCUGAUCAUGGAGAAUGUGUGUGCAAUAAAUGUGAUUGCAAACCUGGGUGGAAGGGACCUGCUUGCACUUGCGAAGACAGCAUAGACAAUUGCAUUAAUCCAGAUGGUAACACCAUUUGCUCUGGUAAUGGAGUGUGUGAAUGUAACCAGUGCAAGUGUAAUGAAACAGAAGAUGGGCGAUACUCUGGCAAAUGGUGUGAAGAUUGUCCGCUAUGUGGCACAGAACAUAGGUGUCUUGACUUUAAGGACUGUGUGCAGUGUCGCGUUUAUGAAACUGGACCCUUGGCUGGUGAUGCAGAAGCAUGUGCCGAAUGUUCUGUCCUCUAUGGUAGCAUUGAGAAAGAUCGAGUGGUGGCAAACUAUUCUGUCAGAGUGGGGGAUUGGGUGAAAGUCGAAGCUGAAGGAGAACGAAUAUGUACAUUCUUCGAUGAGAAUGAUUGCCGAUUCACUUUUGUUUAUGGCUAUGAUGAAAAUAAGGAUCCAGUUGUUCGUGUGCAACAGACACUUGAGUGUCCUCCCAAGUUAGAUAUUCUGGGUAUUGUACUUGGUGUCAUUGGUGCUAUAGUAGCAGUUGGGUUAGCUCUUCUUUUGAUGUGGAAGAUCCUCACAACAAUUCACGAUCGACGGGAGUUUGCCCGAUUCGAAAAGGAGCGUAUGAUGGCACGAUGGGAUACAGGAGAAAACCCCAUCUACAAACAAGCUACAUCAACAUUCAAGAAUCCUAUAUAUAAUGGAGGGAAGUAAGGUAUUCACUAAAAUCUCACCUCUUAAUAUUAUUAAUAUCCUUGAAAAAAGUUGCAGUUGUGUGGCAACAAAGUUGGUGUAUGUUUCUCUAAUAUUUGAAGUAGGUACUAAAUCCAUGUUUUACAAUUUGUAUCUCAAUUUAUAGGGAUAUAAGAGCAGGCUUGAUAUGUAUUCCAGUUAUUCAUAUAGAAAGGGUAAUAGUAUAUGAUGAAAAAAUGUAACACAUUUAGGGAAUGACAAAAAUGUAAGUUUUUAAGAUAAAGUGUUUAUAUUGUCAAGAAUCUAAUUAUAGUAAUAUUUUGUGAAAAGUGUAUGGUAAUGAUAAGUAAGGCUUGCUGGUAUGUAUUCCAGUGUCUAUGUGCCAAUGCUAAGUAGAUAUUUUUUCUUAUUCAGUGCGUAGAUAUACAUUGUAUAUAGUUGUGGUGCUUAUUCAGUAUGAUAUUUUUAUGUUAUGAUAAUGUUGAGUCAUUUAAUGUGCUACUAAACAAAAUGUGUAGUGUAGGGUCAUAAUUAUUGAAAGAAGAAGAAAACAGUUUAAGCAUUAAAGGCACUGCUAUGAAGCAAGCAUUAGCUAUUCAACAGGAAAUUUUGUGGGAGUUGAAAUUAAAUGAUUUAGAGAGUUAUUGAUUUAACUUACAUUCAGUAAACAAUCUUUUAUUCAGCUUUUGUGAAUUGUGAUACCAUGUGUUUUUGUAGUAUAUACAAUAUGUACUCUGUUAACUGGGUUGCUAUCUCAUUUACAAAAAUAUACUAAAAUCUACAAGUUUUAUAGAGUAUUAGUUAAUUGUAUAUUUAGGGUGUGCAUAGACAGAUUUCAGAGAUCUUUGUUUUAGUCUGUUGAUCUGUUUGUUAUUGUCAUACAUUUUUACUGAAGUAAUUUUUUUUUAAUUUUUGUUCAGUCCAAAAAUAGGAAAUAGUAAUAUUUGGUGCUAAGUAUAUUGGGCAGCUUGCAGAAAGCACUAUGUAAGUGUUUUUGUUUCUGUCUAAGCUAUUUCCCUGCAGAUAUGGAAUUAAAAUAUGAUUGUUAAAACAGAGCUGAAGUAACACAAAAGUACAGUUUUGUCUUUUUCUCAGAGAAUAAAGGUCAAAGUUUCAGUUAUUUUAUGCUUGAUGGUAGGAGGUCCUUUUCAUUUACAAGUUGUAAUUUUACUACUGUAUUUUAAUAUUUGUGAAGUCAUUUUUACACCAAAAAAUAUUGUAGUAGUAUUAACAAAGCUUUAAUAGCUGAGUGUUUUAAAUUAUAUGUGAAAUUAGUUGAUAAUGUAAUUAAACAAUUUUACUGUUAUUUUUUUAAGACAGGAUUGUCCUUAAGGCAACAUACUUCGAUAAUGUUUUUUUUGUUAUCCUAAUAAUGUGCCUUGGAAAUACUAAUUGUUUGAGUGCCUCACUAAACCUUUUACACAAUUUUAAAUGGCCAAGUGUGUUAGUUGAGAGGAUGUAAGUAUUAAAUCAAGAUCCAAAUUUCAAGAUCCUUGCACUCUUAAUCUUUUUAAUCUAGUAAAUUUUAGUUGGAUAUUUUGCGAAAAGUUACGUGCAUAUAAAAUAUUUUGGAAUGUAUGCAAUUAAUUUUUUUU